AUGAUAAAUAAGCUUGGUGAGGGUGCUUAUGGACAGGUAUACAAAGUUAAAUACAGAGACUAUUAUGAAGAAUAUGCGGUAAAGAUAUGUAAAUUAAACGGUUUAUCAGAAAAAGAGAAACAAAAUGUUUUGAAUGAAACGCAAAAUCUUGUGAAACUUCGGUCAGAAUAUGUGAUUCAAUACUACUAUUCAUGGAUUGAAUGCAAUUGUCUUUACUUUCAAAUGGAGUUAUGUUUAGAUAAUCUCAGAAAUCUGUUGGACAACAAAAAACCAAAUAAUGAAUUGAUGACUGGUUUUGAUUAUUAUAUUUCUUAUGAAAUAUUUCGUGAACUCAUAGAAUGUGUGCAAUAUUUACAUCAAAAGCAUAUCAUUCAUAGAGACCUUAAACCGGAUAAUGUGUUGAUUUCAAUGGACUAUAGGAUAAAGUUAUGUGACUUUGGUUUGGCUAAAGAGGUCGUGAAUAUUGAUUCGUAUAAUAUGUCUAAAGCUAACCAUACGGCAGAUGUGGGAACUGUAGACUAUAUGGCACCGGAAGUCCAGAUUGAGGAUUACAAUCAUUUGAUUGAUAUCUACAGUCUAUCCCUAAUCGGGGCUCAAUUAUUUGAUUUCAAUACAUACGAUAUAAUUGAUGGAAAAAUUGAUACAAUUGGAAAAUUUAAUAAUAAAUCGAAUGACUUUACUAUUAAAAUGAAUGCAUUAUUGGUGUCAAUGGCUAUCAAUAAGUAUCGCAGAAACGGUUCAACAGAUUGGAGACAAAGACCCGAAUUAAAAUUUUAG